CUUAUUGAUGAGCGGGAUAAGUUUAUUAUAAUAUAAUAUUAAAACAAUAUUUAUUUAUUUAUUUAACAGUAAAGAUAUUUCUUCGCUUCAAAACAAUGUAAGGAGACCAAAUUCAUUCGUCCGACCAACAAACCGCAGAUCGACACAGAGAUCGAUGGCUGCUUCACUUAGACAGGCAACCACUCUCCUCGUCCAUUUCCUCAUCAUCUCUCUCCUCCAACCAACGCCUUCCACGCCAGCGUCACUCUCCGUCAGGGACUACGGAGCCGCCGGUGACGGCUGUCACUACGACACCGCCGCCAUCCAGUCCGCCAUCGACGUCUGCUCCGCCUAUUCCGGCCGCUGCCUUGUCACCUUCCCCCCGGGCAAGUACCUCACGGCCACGAUCCGCCUCCGGUCCGGCGUCGUCCUGGACAUACAGGAGGGCGCGAAGAUCCUCGGGGGAACGAGGAUCCGGGACUACCCGAGGCGGUCGGACCGGUGGUACGUGGUUCUGGCAGAGGGCGCCAGCGACGUCGGGAUCACCGGUGGCGGGACGAUCGACGGGCAGGGGCUGGAGUUCGUGGAGAGUUUUGAUGAGAGGAAGAACGUGAUGGUCAGCUGGAACAGGACCGGAGCCUGCAGCGGCGAUGAAUGUAGGCCGAGGCUGGUAGGUUUCAUCGGUUGCCGGAAUGUCAGGAUUUGGAACAUCUCGUUGACUGAGCCUGCGUACUGGUGUUUGCACAUAGUAAGGUGCCAAAACACGACAGUUCGGGAUGUCUCGAUCUACGGUGACUUCAAUACACCCAAUAACGAUGGGAUCGAUAUUGAGGACUCAAAUAACACCAUCAUCGAGAGGUGCAGGAUCAAUACAGGAGACGAUGCUAUCUGCCCGAAAACAUACACUGGUCCUCUGUACAACUUGACGGUGACGGACUGUUGGAUAAGGACAAAGUCUUCAGCUAUCAAGCUCGGGAGCGCAAGCUUGUUCGACUUCAAGGGCCUCGUGUUUGAUAACAUCACGAUCGUCGAUUCUCAUAGAGGGCUUGGGUUUCAGAUUCGUGAUGGAGGAAAUGUGGACGAUGUCACAUUCUCGAAUAUCAACAUUAGCACGAGGUACUACGACCCCUCCUGGUGGGGCCGAGCAGAGCCCAUCUAUGUCACAACCUGCCCCAGAAACACGAGCUCGAGGGAGGGCUCCAUCUCCAAUGUAAGGUUCAUCAACAUCUCAGCAGAAUCCGAGAACGGGGUCUUCUUAUCGGGUUCUGAACAUGGGAUGCUGAGGAAUCUGAGGUUCAGUAAUGUCGAUCUCACGUACAAGAGAUGGACCAAGUACGAAGGAGGACUAGUGGACUACCGCCCCGGGUGCAGAGGGCUCGUAAAACACAGCAUAGCGGGGAUGAUAAUGGAGAACAUCAGGGGACUGCAGAUCGAGAACGUGAACAUGAGGUGGGCCGACGAGAUGUCCUGGGGUUGGGAGUGGGAUAAUCCUCUUGAUUUCCGGCCAUCGACUGUGAAUGAUAUAUCGUUCUUCAAUUUCCAUUCAGAUCUGUACAGUCAACGAGGACGAUCUACAUAUUGAUCAUUUUUCCACUUGAUCUCGGGAACUCGAAAACCGAUAAUGAUAAACUGGUUCGAAAUUGUAGUUGUGGAGUAUAUAGACAGAGGAGUUGUUCGGGAUGAUACGAACAUGCCCGAGUGCCUCCUGAAAUUUCAGCAAUAAAACAAAAACAUUCUUUGUGCUCGAGGGACAAAACUAAAAGCCAAUGUCUAUGAACCGGAGUCAGAGAUAUUUUAUUUUAUGAGAUAUUAUAAAUCAA